AUGAUGCUCCUUCGACUUCGGGAGCGGUUCCGCUGCUGGGCGAGCUUCAGGAUGGUGCUCACGCGAAAAGGAAUCGACGCGAUGUACAAAGCAUACAAGAAGAGGAGAAAGAAGAGGAGAGGCGCCAGUGAUGACGAAACAGAAGCUAGUGCAGACGAGGGCAGGGCAGACCCGGGGACGGCGGAGGCGGACCAGACGGCAUCGACCGCCGAGGGAACGGCGGACGACGGUGAGGCGGAGCAGUCGCGCAGGGCGAGACGAGGGAGGGAGCAGGACGUUGCGGAGAUCAGCAGGAGGAUGUACGAAGAGAUUAGGAGCAGCAGGGACCCGAGGGACCAUGACUUCUGCGGCGCCCGGGCGCUCUACCUCGAUCCCGCCAGCCCUCCUCCGGGCCAGCCUCCGCCAGAGACGGUGCGCUGGCUGCGGCCCGCGGAGGUGUGCGCCGAGGCAGGGUGGCCGGCACCGGCGCUCUUUGUCGACUCGUCCAGCUCGUCGGAUGUUGUGCAGGGCCGUCUUGGCGACUGCUGGUUCCUCUCCGCGCUCGCCGUGGUCGCACUGCAGCCGCGGCUUCUCGCGCGCCUCUUUCGCCGCUGGGACGAUCCGCCGGCGUCGGCUGGCCGGUGCACGCUCGUCUUCCACCACGACGGCGCGUGGCGGCCGGUGACGAUCGACGACCGGCUCCCGUGCGACGCGGACGGCCAGCUGCUCUACGCUCGCUCUGCGACGCCGCACGAGAUGUGGGUGCCGCUCGUCGAGAAGGCGUUCGCGAAGCUGCAUGGCGGGUACGAGGCGCUCGUGUCCGGGUUCGCGGACGCGGCGAUGCGGCAGCUCACGGGCGGCGCGCCGCAGCGGAGGCUCGCGACGGCGAGGACGCGUCCGAGUCGCUCUGGGCCGAGCUGCGGCGCUGGUGCGGCGAGGGAUCACCCGUAGGGUGCGCGCACUCGCUCGCCGCGGCACGGCGGCUGGCGGCUGGCGGCGGCGGGAGCGGCGGGGGCGGCGGGAGCAGCGG